CAUUCCUUUCCCAUAAUGGCAACCCACAAGAAGAAGACUAGGAAGUUACGUGGACACGUGAGUCACGGCCACGGCCGUAUCGGCAAGCAUAGGAAACACCCGGGCGGUCGCGGUAACGCCGGUGGCUUGCACCACCACCGAAUAAACUUCGACAAAUACCAUCCUGGGUACUUUGGUAAGCUUGGAAUGAGAAAUUUUCACUUGAGGCGUAACACGAAGUGGUGCCCCACAAUUAAUCUAGACAAAUUGUGGACUCUGGUUUCUGAGCAAACGAGGUUAAAGUACAAAGAUGUUGAAGGCAAAGCCCCCGUAAUCGAUCUUGUAAAAGCGGGAUACUACAAACUCCUUGGAAAAGGAAGAUUGCCCAAGCAACCGGUCAUCGUAAAGGCUAAAUUCUUCAGCAAGCAGGCGGAAGAUAAGAUCAAGGCAGUCGGUGGUGCGUGCGUCCUGUGCGCGUAAAAAUCGGGGUAAUAUCGUCUACCUUUCCAAGUGUGACAUCGAACAUGGGAUUGGCAUUUAUACAUUUUUUCGUGGAAAAUGUAAUGAAAAGUCAGUAAUCGAUCGAAAGGAAGGAUGUAUUCCAAAAACAUAAUAAACAGUUUUUUAAAU